AUGCUCCAGCUGACAAGACCCGUGUUGAGGUCCCUGACCAUCCCGAGAUCGGGUCGGAUCUUCUCAGCAGCCCCGCGGCCGCGCCCGGGCCAGGGUGUGGACUUCGGGCCGUCGGUUUGGGUACCGGCCUUGGGCAUCUUUCUCCGCGGCGUGCACAGCCGGACUUUCAGGAAAGGCUUGGGCAGCUCUUCCGAGGAGGAGGCGCAGUACAACUUGGAAGGUGGCAACGACAUUGAGGCGCUAGCAGAUGGCACUGGCGGAUGGCUUGCGCACCGAGCCGAGGCAAGCACCCCGGGAAGUGGCCCUGGCACAGACUGGAUCAACGAGGUUUUCUCAGAUCCAAGCGAUGAACAAGGAGCGGACCUCUCGGCCACUGCAGCUUUCAAGGUGCCAAGCGCCCGGCUCACUCAUCCGCCGAGGAUCCUGGUCCUCUACGGCUCCCUUCGGCCAAGUUCGUUCUCGCGCAAGCUUGCGCAUGAGUGCGCGCGGCUUCUCGAGGUCCUGGGUGCAGAAGUGCGGACAUUUUGCCCCAGAGGCCUGCCCGUGAGGGACCCAGCACUGGAGGACCACCCGAAGGUCCAGGAGCUGCGGAACCUUUCCAGAUGGUCCGAGGGCCAUGUCUGGGUCAGCCCUGAGAUGCACGGCUGCGUCACCGGAGCCUUCAAGAAUCAGAUCGAUUGGCUGCCGCUGAACACGGGUUCCGUGCGACCGACGCAGGCAUGGCAAGAAUUCGAUGAAGAUGGAAGGAUGAAGGACUCCAACUUUCGAGAUCGUGUUGUCGAUGUUAUGGAGGAAUACUACAAGUUCACCCUCAUCAUGCGUGAGCACGCAGACGCACUUGUGGAUCGCUUCUCCGAGCGGAAGGAGGUGGCGCAAAAGGGUCGGCUGCUGACGCAAGCUGAGCACCUCGAUCGAACAUUGCAGCCGUUUUCGCUCCGUCGCCAGAAGUCCUCGGCCUUCGGCCACCAGCCGAUUUUCCAAGGCAUGGCUGGUACUUCUUCCGAGGAGGAAGCGCGGUACACCUUAGAAGGCGCUAAUGAUAUCGAGCCGCUGGCUGAUGGCACUGGCAGCUGGCUGGCGCAUCGAGCAAAGAAGGACGUUCCGGGAAGUGGACCCGGAGAUGACUGGAUCACAGAGGUCUUCUCCGACCCUAGCGGUGCACAAGGCGCCAACAUUGCUUCUUCUGCGGCGUUUCAGGUACCAAGCGCCCGCUUUGCGCAUCGGCCCAGGAUCCUGGUCCUCUAUGGCUCCCUUCGGCCGACUUCGUUCUCACGCAAGAUGGCCCACGAGUGCGCUCGCCUCCUGGAGGUCCUCGGAGCAGAGGUGCGGACAUUCAAUCCGAUGGGCCUCCCGGUGAGGGACCCGGCUUUGGAGGACCACCCGAAGGUCCAGGAGUUGCGGAACCUUUCGAAGUGGUCUGAGGGCCACGUGUGGUCAAGCCCUGAGAUGCAUGGAUGCAUCACUGGGGCCUUCAAGAACCAGAUCGAUUGGCUGCCACUCAACACGGGCUCUGUGCGCCCGACGCAGGGGCGAACCUGCGUGGUGCUGCAAGUUAAUGGCGGCAGCCAGAGCUUCAAUGCCGUCAAUGAGUUGAGACGACUCGCACGGUGGAUGCGCAUGCCGUGCUGCACGAACCAGUCCUCUGUUCCCAAGGCUUGGCAGGAAUUUGAUGACGAUGGAAGGAUGAAAGACUCCAGCUUUCGAGAUCGCGUUGUCGACGUCAUGGAAGAGUUUUACAAGUUCACCCUUAUCAUGCGCGAGCAUACGGAUGCACUUAAUGACCGUUUCUCUGAGAGAAAGGAGGUCGCUCAGAAAGGCCGGCUGCUGACACAGGCGGAGAAAGAGAAGUUGAAGAACGAAGCUUCAGCUGAUGCAGGUUCACCUGCAGUCGGCAGCAAAAAGUAG